AGCUUGAGAACGUCAAACUUUCUGUUAUUUAAUGUUUCUUCAAGGGAUUGAUUGCUGGGGUUGAAUCGAACAAGGUAUUCUGUAUUCAUGGCCACCCAACCAGACCAGUCUGUUAAUAACAUAUCCUUGGAGGUUAGGAAAAAGAAGCUUAGUGGACAGCAAAAGAAAGAGGCACUUGAAAGAGAGGUCUCCAUGCUUCAGAGAAUGCUAAAUCAAGAAGAAAAUAUGCAUGAGAUUCUGACACGAGUGCAUCAUCAACAGGCUGGCUCUUCCAUCUCUAUUCCCAACUUUCUCCCUCCAAAGACGAAGGAGCUGUUGGCAGAGCUGGCUAUUGUUGAGGGUGAGAUAGCUCGUUUAGAAGCCCAAAUAAGCCAACUUCAACUCUGUCUGAAGCAGGAAAAGGAAGUCACCAAGGAAGCAAGAUCGAAACAAUGGCAGCCUGGGAGUCUGAUGAGUUACCUUCAUGGUAACCCAAGCCCCAUUAAUCAAGGUGUUCAGGAAAAGGUGGUUUUUGAUACAAAGGCACUGCAUUUCAUUAGCAAAGCUAUCAAAGGCGAUUAUACUCUUAGUGACUUCAGUUUGAACGAGAGAAUGGACUCCAGAUUGCUUUCCGAUCAGAAAGAAAACCAGUUCCAGGGAGAGGUUAAAUUUCAAGACAGGGUUCCGAGGAAAAGUAGUUUGUUGAAGGCAGCUUCGCCUUUGCGAGACCCUCGACAUCCAUCUCCCAAGAUAAGGGAACGUAUCCCGGAGUCGAAUUGGGACCUGCCGCCGAAAUCCCUAUCUAGUACACUGCUUUCGGAAGAGAACAGCCAGAAUUGGCAUCCGAACAAGGUAUCGGAGAAUAUCAUGAAAUGUUUGAACUUCAUUUUUGUUAGGCUACUUAGAACGUCAAGAGCAAUGGAACUGGAGAAAUCAGGCCCUAUUACAAGGUUCAUGGGCACUCCCUUAAGCUCGAGAAGCUUUAGGGUAGAAGGUACUCUGAAUCCGAAGUUAAGCGUUGGGUCACAGAAGGAAUCAAGGCAACAAGACCCGUAUGGUAUCUUCGAUAUGGAAGAAUCUAUCCCAAGGGACAUUGGCCCUUACAAGAACCUGGUCAUAUUUGCUUCAAGCCCUAUGGACCCCAAAUGCAUUUCAAGUUCUGUUCCUUUACUUAAAAAGCUAAGGGUCCUGAUGAGCAAUCUCCAGAAGGUAGACCUGAGAUGGUUAACUUACCAGCAAAAAUUAGCAUUCUGGAUCAACAUGUACAAUGCCUGUAUCAUGCAUGGAUAUCUCCAAUACGGUGUGCCUAAUUCCCCAGAAAAGUUUUUGACACUGAUGAACAAGGCAACUCUCAACGUUGGAGGCAACACGAUAAGUGCUCAAGCAAUGGAGCACUAUAUUUUGAGGAAACCAGCACCUUCAAACACGAAAGAGAAGGGUGACAAGGAAGAUCAAGAAGCCAUUGUCCGCAAACUUUAUGAACUCCAGCUUAUGGAUCCAAAUGUCACAUUUGCUCUGAGCUGCGGAACUCGAUCUUCUCCAGCGGUGAGAAUAUACACGGCUGAUGGAGUUGCAGCUGAGCUGGAGAAAUCAAAACUGGAAUACCUGCAAGCCUCAAUAGCGGUGACCAACACAAAAAAGAUUGCACUCCCUGAGCUUCUGCUUCGGAACAUGUAUGAUUUUUCAGUUGAUAUGAACUCGUUGGUCCAGUGGGUUUGUCAGCAGUUGCCAACGUCUGGCUCACUGAGGAAAUCCAUGGUGGACUGCUUCAGGAGCCACAACAGCGGCAAGGUAUCCAUCACCGUCGAGAAAAUACCAUAUGACUUUGAAUUCCAGUAUCUGUUGUCCAUAUAAACAACAUUGUUCCCAUUUUUCCUUUGUUUUGCAUCAAAUAAAACAUGAAAUUUA